GCCCUUCCCCGCCCGUUGGGCUCCUGGGUUCCCGUCAGCCGAUUUCCAGCCGUCAGGGUCACUCCACUCGCUGGAAACCCUGAACUCUGUGCCCCACAAGCCCUGGGACCCCUGCGGGAAUGUUCAAAAAUGAGUACCAGGGAGGUGCAUUUGUUGAAAUUUUCAGUGCUCAAGGAAAAAAUCCUGGAGCAAAAUGGAAGAUCCUUGGCAGUCCAUCUGUGAUUUGGAAAGAGUUUGAUAAAGAAGUUAAAAGUUUUGUGUUUGUCCUGGAAGGCAGCAGCCAAACAAAUAAAAUUCAAUUACCAAAGGAAAAUAAGCAAAUCCUUGGAUUGAUCCAGAGGUUUCUUGUACUCCAGAUUUACAUACCCCUGGGACAAGACUUCUCCACUGAAUUGCUAAUUACUGAUUUAGGGAACAUCAAACGAAGAUUAUAUUUAUCAACGGUCCAUAAGGAACUAUCCUCAACUCCUCUUCAUGCAAAAAUUCCACUCUUCAUGAUCAAACGUAAGAUUUGGUGCAAUUUAUGCAUUGAUUUGGUGGCAUUCACCAGUGAAAUAUUCAAGGGGGCAGUUUUCCAGUCAUUGGAUGGAAUUGUUGUCUCAGCUAACUGCAAGCUACGGAAGAUCUUCACCUUAAAAUCAAAGCCUCAAGACACUGCUGAUAAAGAUGCCAUCUAUGGUGUUCCCUUUUCAACAGAUGAGCCUACAGACAUUAUACCACGAAGCUGUCAACUAACGACAGAUGUUCCGCACGUCACACAGUUGCUAAACAUGACUAAACUUCGCCAGACUGAAAUAAAAUUUGGAGGCCAUCCUCUAAGAACAGCAGAAUCAGAUCAGUUUGUUUACAAAGGAACAGGUAGUGCACGGAACAGUAAAAAUCAAGAUGUUUGUCAUAUCGCCUUUGGAUCCAAAGUUCUUGGGCCACCUCCACUCUCUGGCAGAAGGAAUAACAUGAGGAUAUCCAGCGAGACAGUGAGAUCCGUUGGGUCCAGAAAUAACCGAUCAUGCCAGCCGUCCACUGUAGAGAAAUGUGUUAAUGGUACAGAAGUGUCAGCCUUACUGAUAUCUGAGUCUGAGGAGCAAGGAAAUAAAGAAAACAUUCGCCAGAUAAAGCAGACUAAACCUAUUCAUGCAGCCAAUCUACAUAAUAUGCAUCCGCAUCCCCCUCAAGGACCAUCAGCAGAUAAGAAUAAUAACAGAAGAAGAUUAUGGUUAAAAAGCACCAGCAGAGAAAGGACAGAAACACCCAGCGGCAGCUCUUCAGGAAAUAAUAGGAAUGAAGAUAAAGCAUCAACUGGCCUCACUACUGUGUCCCAACAAGGAGCAGAGCUGUUGAACUCCAUCACUCUAGGACCCCAGUCUCCUGAUCAAUCAGAUGAGUGGAUCUUUCCUGAAAAUGCUGAUCACAUUUCACAUCUGGCAUCUAGCAGACAGUCUUUACUUCUGGAUGAUGACUCCUGCAAUCCAUCACACCUGUGUCUGGAAGCCAGCAAGGACAGUGAACAUGACCAGCAGGCAGAGGAAUCUCAGAGUGUUCCAAAGGACAUUUUCACUUUUUCAUCAAGACCACGAUCAGCACCUCAUGGAAAGACUCAGACUAUGUCCCCAGAGGAGCUCUCAUUUAUUUUGGAUCUAAAAGAGGAUAACAGUGUGACAAGCAGAGACACCCAAUCAGAGGAUGAUUUUUACGGUGGUGACAGCAGUGAAAAGGGUAACCACAGUAUCCAGGGUUCUCCAGGCCCAACAACUGGUCCUUCAGGGUUAACUCAGUUAACUUCAGAGAGCCUGACGGGGAAAGCUGCAAGGUGGACAAGUAAGGAAUAUAUAAAGAGCGCCUACACAGAAGCAGGAGCCACAGAAAGCCAGGAUUCCUCGGCAAAGCUAAUAGAUAGAAAUGACUUUCAAAUGAGUUUGUUGCCUACACCAUGCCUUUCUCCAACUGGAAGAAGUUGUGGAUCCUCUCAGAAAUCUCCAGACCCCCUAAUCAAAGCGAAGGACCUACCAGCCCAGCAAGUGCCAGCUUCGCUAAAUAAAAUCUCCCUGAAAGAAAUCUCAGGGGAAAGGCUGAGCUCGAUUCCCGAAGCAUCCGAAUAUGACUGGCGAAACUAUCAGCCCAGCCAGAUGAGUGAAUCCGAGUUACAGAUGCUGGCGAGCCUACGGCGGCAACAAAAUGAAGAACUGGAGGAUUCUGGGACCUCCCAUGGCCUGAGUGCAUCCCAGGUGGACAACUGUAAUGUCAGCAUAAGUACCAGCAGUGACGACACAACCACCUGUAACUCCUGCCUGCCACCUCCUGUCAACCAGGGUCGCCACUAUCAGAAAGAAAUGAACCCACCUUCUCCUUCUAACCCUCGGAUAUCGAUAAUUAAUAUGAAAAAAUAUAAGAAAUUAGAAGAUAAUUCUCUGAAGUCUACCCUCUUGGAUAAACGAGCAUCUAACUUGAAUCCUUGAUUGAAAGUUCUGGUAUGGAGGCUGUGAACAAUACAUGAAAAGCAGGUAGGCCCUUUGUUUCCUGAAUCAAGUGUGGCUGUGAUUAAAGUAAUGCUAACAUGGCAGAGACAGGGUGGUGUGAACAAGCAAUUCUACAAGAGGAAAGCGUGAUGGUGACCUCUGGGAAGUGAGAUGCCCAAUGAGAUAUCUACAACUACUCCAGAGACCAAAGAUCCUAAGGUUUUUAAAUUACAUAGACUGGUUCCCACAUAUGUACAUGUUUAGAGAAUCACCUUUCUAUUAGCUUUAUUAAUAUAACAGGACAAUCAAUAUCCCCAGUCUUUCAUGCAUAUAUUUUUCUAUUUCUUUCUUUUUUUUUUUUGGAGACAGUCUCACUCUUGUCACCUAGACCACAGUACAGUGGAGUGAUCACUCAUGCACAUUUUAAUCUGGAAAGACUUUUAUUUCUGCAACAUAAUCACCUUCUUAGUUUUUUGUGUGUAAGAUUAACAUUAAAGACAAAAUGCAAUCCACAAAAGCAGGUAAAUUUGGGUUUUAAAGGGUUAGCUCUAGGAUGAAAAUAGCUAAAAUGCUGCAUAUAUUCAUAUAUUGUUUUCUCACAGUAAAGUCAUUCACUUUUACUCACAGAGCAGUGCUUGACAUUGGAUCAAGGUGGGAUGCAAUGGUAAUCAUUUUCCUGAGAAGUUUACAAUCUAAGAAUUGAAAUAUAUAUGGUUCACCUCAUCAUCUUCCCUUGCAUGUCUAGAUUUGCAACAAAGCCAUUCCCCUUAUGCUGUUAGGCAUGGGAUGAUAUUUUCCAUUAUUUUUUCCUAACACUCUAACUGAUAUUUAAGCAGCAUCUCAGAUGCUGGGGCCCUUGCCUCCAGCAUCCACCAAACAUUGCCUCUUAGGGCACUGACAGCUUCUACAACAAGGUGCAGAAAUGGCUAACAUAAUCUCAUAUAAUUUAGAGAAGUGUGGGGUAGGAGGAAACAAUUUCACAGUUCAUUCAUGUUGAGAGACGUUUCCUAGCAUGUAAACUUGCAUGCUGCCAGACAGAGCAAAAUGGAUGCCAUUUGCAGCCUCAAGUCAUUUAUUUAAAAUGUCAUCUAUUGGUUUGUGGAGUUUAGAACUGUCCCUUAGGCACAUUUCUUUCAAUGCUUAUAUAGAUUCUUCAGAAUAACCUAAGAUAUUCCUGCUCAGGAAUGAAUUUUAUGAAAUAAGCUGUGAUUACCGUCUGAUUGUCUGUUCAUAGGAUGGAAUCAAUAACCAGUCUUUUGUUUCAAAUGAUGAUUAUACUUGCUAUUUUUACAACUCAUUGGAAAAUUAGCAGGAGGAAGGAAUGUAGUCAAAGACUUUGCAAGAUUCUAAAUGUUCUUGGAAAUAUAUAAUAAACAAAAUUCAGAAUACCAAAACAAUAAAGAACAGCAUAAUCUUCUAAAGUGUUUGCUCAAUGAUUUAUCACUUAUCUGUAGUUUUUUAAAAUGUCAUUGCAGAUUGUUAGGGCCUCAAUCCUUUGCAGCUUUGCCACAUGUUUAUGUGAUAUAAACAUGCUUAUAAACAUAAUUAUCUGAUAAAUCCUUGCAGUCUUUGACAAAUGAUUAAUAACCACUGACAUCAGUUCCCGCUGGCUUAGCCAACCUGACCAAGGCAAUGUGGCCUGUCAGUGUAACCCGCGUGGCUCCUCUAUACUGACCACAGCAGCAUUGUUUUUGUUUUAGCUCUCUGGUUGUCACGAUGCAACCUGAUGAGUGUCUCUUCUAUUGAUUAAGCUUUUUAUUUUCCCAUCACAAAAGAGAGAAGGGUAUAAAUGAAUAAAAUUAAGUACAGAACUUUAAUGUUCCUCUUCAAAUCAUUCCAUUUGGAUCAUUUUAAAACAAGUAAGUUGAAUUUUUAACCAAUAGUCCUCCUUCAAACCAAGACACCACGGAGGAUUUCCUUAUUAACUAAGCAAACAUUUCGUUUCUCAAAACAUAAUGUUAUUGCUGUUUCCUAUUACCCAGAUUUUUGCAUUAAAUCAUAAUGAUUUAAUUAUGAAACUGAAGGCAUCAGCUGUUGUUUUUAUCAUUUCUCUUGUUGGCUUCAAUAGGAAAAGAUUCAGUACCUUUUCUUAUAUAAUCUCAUUCCCAGAGAUUUCACACCUGCUCUUUUGAGGGCCCUGAUUCUCCAUACUUAGAACCCACAGAUCUGAUUCAAAGCUCAUUGACUGAUGACCUGUCAGGUUGUUCAUCAAGUUCCUCUAAGGCAGGGUGUGCUCGCUCUCUCUCUCUCUCUCUCUCUCUCUCUCUCUCUAUCUCUCUCUCUUUCUAUUGAAGGUUCUGGUACUCCCCACCCCCACCCCAGUGUUAUUCAGCACAUCCCUGUCAAGGGCAGGAUUUUCUUCAGCAUUUAAGUUGAGGGAGGGUGUGAGCAAGUGAGUACCCGGACACCAUGGAAAAUGAAACUCUUCAUCCCAAAUGUUAACCAGUUAAAUUUCGGAUUCUUUUCCUGUGUCUCUGCAAGAAUUGCCCUUUCCUUUACUGGAAAUAGGAGGAUGGUGAUAUGGUUAUAUUCAUAACCAGAUAGAAUCGUGUCUUGAUGAGAGGCCCUUGGUUAGAUAAAGUUUAAAUCUGAUUUUAAUGCAUGUAUGACUCCCUGCAAACCCAAAGAUCCAUAGGCACUGGUAACCUUUGGAAUGGCUCUAAUCUUUAAGACAUAAUAAGUAAUAGUUUCUAGUAUUUCUAUAUUCUAACAACUUUCAAAUUUAUAUCUCUAGUCUUGACUCUCCCUGAAUUCCAAACAGACCUAUCUGCCAGCAUACCUAAAAUACCAUUGAAAAGGUAACUUAAUUUCCUUCCACAAAUCUAGUCUUUCUUCACUCUUCUCCAUCUCAGAAAGUGCCAUCAUCAUCCCUCCUCCCCUUUGCUUCAGCCAGAAACCAAGAAUGAUCCCUGUUCUGUCUCUCUGAUCCACCUGCAUGUCCAGACUCAGCAAGUAAUACUAGUGUUCCUUCAAACAUAGUAUGUGCCAAAUCCAGUGUCUUUUCUCUACUUUCCCUGCUGUAGUCUGAAUGUGGGUUGCCAUCACCUCUCACCUGGGCAAACGCCAUAUCCUCCAAACCUGCCUUCUCUGUUUCUUUGGCCUCUACAGUCUUUUUUCCACUUAGUAACCAAAGUGGUAUUGACAAGCCUAAAUCAGAUACAGGCAUUGCCCCAUGUAAAGCUUCCCAGUGGUUUUCCAUUGCCCUUAGGACCAAGUUACGCUUACUCUGGUUUUGGGGGCCCUGGUAGCCCACCUCUCAGAUGGUGUUUCACACCACUGAGCACCUUGCUCACUCUCUACUGGUUCCCUCUCCUUCCCUCUGAUACUUCAGUCUUGGUCCCCACUUAGGAGCGCUGCCUGGAUGGAGCUCUCCUACCUGAAGUUGCUUCCCAGCUGGCCCUCCCUGUCAGUAGGGUCUCCACCUAAAUAAACAUCCUCUCCUUAGGAGGCCCUUCCUUAGCGUCCUCCCUAAAAUAGCCCUCAGUCACCUUUAAGCACAUUAUCAUUUUGUUUUCAUCACAGUAACCCACUAACUGGUAUUUCUUGUUUGUCUGUUUUCUCCACACACAUACUGCUUCCUCUUAAAUGCUGGAAUGUAACUGUAUGCAUGUGAAAAUCUUAUCUCACUUGUUCAGUGUCUCCCUAGUUUCAAGGGAGACACUUGCCAAGCACAUAGGAGACACAUUAAAAAAAUAGGUGUUGAAUUCAGUGAAUCUCAUCACUUAAAAAUGAACUUCCCUCAUCUCUCUACACUAGCUACAUCACUGUAUAUUCCAUUAGCUGGAACCCAUGAGCACCUGUAUACUUCUCUCCUUUAAGGGUCUCUGGUACCUGGCCUUAUUCCCAUUUGUAAUAAAUGAAACCUUUUUCGUUAGUUUGUUUUAAAUGAUCCCUUAAAAGAUACCCAGAAUAUAAAGUAUUUACACCUUUAAAUAGAGACAGUUUUCUAAAAUUGAAUUAGUGUGUUCUCCCUCUAUUGUUACUGAAAGUUGCUUAUUUGUAUGGGCCUAUUCACACCCAUUUUAUGGAGUCAGAGUACCACUUGCUAGAAAUCUGGUUGGGCUGCCACUGCUGCAGAAGAUGUACUCAGUCCUCACCAGGCUAACAGAAUCUGGGUAAGCAAAGAGAAAAAGAAAACCAUUAUUUAUAUGCAUAUACGUACAUAUAUACACAUUAUAUAUAUUUUAUACACACGCACACACAGAGGCAUACCACAGAGAUAUUGCAGGUUCAGUUUCAGACCACCACAAUAAAGCAAAAUCACAAGAAUUUUCAGCUUCCCAGUACAUAUAAAAGUUAUGUUGCUGUUCUUUAGUCCAUUAAAUGUGCAAUAGCAUUAUGCCUAAAAAGAACAAUGUACAUGCCCCAAUUUAAAAAUACUUUAUUGCUAAAAAAACUGCUAACAAUCACUGAGCCUUCAAUAAGCCAGAAUCCUUUUGCAGGUGGAGAGUCUUGUCUGGAUGAUGAUGGCUGCUGGAUGAUCAGGGUGGUUGUUGCUGAAGGUUGGGUGGCUUUGGCAAUUUCUUAAAAUAAGACAACAGUGAAGUUUGCCACAUCACUGGACUCUUCCUUUCAUGAAAGACUCCUCUGUAGCAUGCAGUGCUCUUUGAGACCCUUUUUCCCACAGUAGAACUUUCAAAAUCGGAGUUAAUCUUGCCCAAGCCUGCUGCUGCUUUAUCAGCUCAGAGAAUGUAAUAUUCCAAAUACUUUGUUGUCAUUACAAGUAGUGUUCACAUCAUCUUCACCAAGUGUUGUUUAAUCUCAAGAAACUACUAUCUUUGCUUCCCAUAAGAAGCAAUUCCUCAUCUGUUCAGGUUUGAUCCUGAGAUUACAGUGAUUCAGCCCCAUCUUGGAGCUUUACUUCUAACUCUAGUUCUCUUGCUAUUUCCACCACAUCUGUAGUUCCUUCUGCCACUGAAGUCUUGAACCCCUCAAAGUCAUCCAUGAUGGUUGAAAUGGACUUCUCCCAAACUUCUGUUCAUGUCGGUAUUUUGACCUCCUCCCAUGAAUCCUGCAUGUUUUUAGUGGCAUCUGGAAUGGUGAAUUCUUUCCAGAAAGUUUUCCCUUUACUUUGCCCAGAUUUAUCAAAGGAAUCACUAUCUAUGGUAGCCAUAGCCUUACAAAAUGUAUUUCCUAAGUAAUAAGACUUGAAAGUUAAAAUUACUGUUUGAUCCAUGAGCUGAAGAAUAGAUGUUGUGUUAGCUGCCAUGAAAACAACAUUCAUCUCCUGUACAUCUUCAUUGGAGCUCCUGGGUAACCAGGUCCAUUGUCAAUGAGCAGUAAUCUUUUGAAAGAGUCUAUUUUUUCUGAGUAGUAGAUCUCAGAAGUGGGCUUAAGAUAUUCAAUAACUAUGCUCUAAGCAGAUGUGCCUUCAUCCAGGCUUCGUUGGUUCCUUUAUGCAACACAGGCAAAGUAGGAUUUAUUAAUAGCAUCAUUCUUAGAAGUCCUGGGAUUUUGGGAAUAGUCGAUGACCAUUGGCUUUAACAAAGUCACCAGCCGCAUUAGUCCCUAACAAUAGAGUCAGCCUGUCCUUUGAAGCUCUGAAGCCAGGCAUUGACUUCUUCUCUAGUAAUGGAAGUCCUAGAUGGCAUCUUCUUCCAAUAGAAGACUGUUUUGUCUGCAGUGAAAAUCUACCAUUUAGUGUAGUCACCUUCAUCAAUGAUUCAUCGUAGCUAGAUCUUCUGGGUAACUUGCUGCAGCUUCUACAUCAGUACUUGUUGCUUCACCUUGCAUUUUUAUGUUACAGAGAUGGCUUCUUUCCUUAAACCUCAUGAAACAACUGCUGCUAACUCCAAACUUUUCUUCUGCAGCUUCCUUACCUCUCUCAGCCUUCAUUGAAUUGAAGAGAGUUAGGGUCUUGUUCUGGAUUAGGCUUUGGCUUAAGGAAAUGUGGCUGGUUUGAUCUUCCAUCCAGACCACUCAAAGUUUCUCCAUAUCAGCAAUUAAAGCUAUUUCUCUUUCCUACCCUUUGUUUGUUCCCUGGAGUAGUACUUCAAAUUUCCAUUGAGAACUUUUCCUUUGCAUUUCCAUCUUAGCUAACUGCUUAAUGCAAGAGGCCUAGCUUUCAGCCUGUCUUGACUUUAGACAUGCUUUCCUCACUAAGCUUAAUCAUUUCUAGCUUUCAAUUAAAAUUAAGAGCUGCAUGACUCUUCCUUUCACUUGAACACUCAGAGUCCAUUGUAGGGUUAUUAUUAAUAAUUGGCCUAAUUUCAGUAUUGCUCUGCCUCAGGAAAGAGGUAGGCCCACAGAGGGAGAGAGAGAUGGGGUGAAUGGUUGGUCAAGUGGAAUAGUCAGAAUACGCACCACAUUUAUUAAGUUUUCCAUCACAUAUGGGCAUGAAUCCUGGUGUCCCAAAACAAUUACAACAGUAACAUAAAAGACCACCGUCACAAAUCGCCAUAACAGAUAGAAUAGUAAUGAAAAUUUUUGAUAUAUUGAGAGAAUUACCAGAAUGUGACACAGAGACACAAAGUGAACCCAUGCUGUUGGAAAAAUAACACUGAGACUUGUUCAACACAGGGUUACCACAAACCUUCAAUUUAUAAAAAGUCAGUAUCUGUGAAGAACAAUAUGGCAGAGCACAAUAAAACAAGGUAUGCCUGUGCAUGUGUAUGUGUGUGUAUCUCAAGAGCUAGAGAGAACCUGAAGCUAUGGUGCUGGUACUCUGUCAAAUUUAAGUGACUCCCCACCCCUUCUGCUCCUGGAGAGGUCCUUAGUCAACUAUUCUACCUUUAAAAUAGAUGCUUAAAGCACUUGGUACAAAAAGCCUCCAGCUGGGCCUCUUUUCUCCCCUAUUCACAGCAGAGGCCAGGCCCCAGAACAGCUUUUCUAACCUCUUGACCCCAACCCCAGAGAAAGCCUCAGUUAAGGGCACCCCUAGUAGCAAACCGAAUCCCCGGAGAAUUAUCCUGCUUUUCACCUCUGACCACUCUUAAUCCUGGACCACACCUUGCACAACUCCAGGGGGCACUAUCCCAUGAGUUUCAGAAGACCCAGCAAUUCAGUAGCAGUACAAUGUGAGUGGACAGUGCUGGCCAGCUGGUGGUCUGUGACCCAUCACUCCUCCUUCCUCCUCUGCUCUUGGCACUUGUUUACCUGCUAAGCCCACUUUCAGUCCUGAUUCUGAUCAUUUCUUCUACCUAAGUGAGUCUGCUCAAAUUGUAUCCCUGGUCCAGUUACACUGACCCAGGCUCCAACUAGCCAUCACAACAGAUGUCUUGGUCCCCACCCCUGCUCACCCCUGCCCAAGAUUUAUUUUUCUUCACUCUUUCCAUGUUCGUGUCUGGACCCACCUGCCUAAGCAUCAGCUAACCCCACUCUCCAGUUUAAGUUAAGACACCUGCCUCCUCUCUGGGUCUUUCUUGGGCCACUAGGACUCAAUGCUUUCACCUGAGUUCCCUAGUUCUCCCUUUGUACUCCAUAAGAGAAUCUAAAGGAAUUAAGGCUGGGAAAUACUAAUUAAUUUUCAGUUACUGUCAUGUUUUCCAAAAUUAGAAACUCAUGAAACGCAUUCCCAUAGGAGUUUCAGAACAAUAGAUCACAUCUUCUCCCCUCACAUCCCAAAAGCUUCUGUGUCUGAAAAGACAGAUCUCUGAAGAAUCUUGGGUUUUGCUAUUGCUUUUGCUUUUUCUAUGUUUUCCUUUAUGGAGAUAAGUUCUCACUCUGUCACCCAGGCCGAAGUUCAGUGGUACAAUCAUGGUUCGCUGCAGCCUCAGCCUCUUGGGCUCAGGUAACUCCCCCGCCCCUGCUUCCCAUUUAGCCAGAAACUCAGGCAUGCACCACCAAGCCUAGCUAAUUUUUCGUAGAAACAGGGUCUUGCCAUGUUGCCAAGCUGGUCUCAAACUCCUGGGCUCAAGCAACUCUCCCACCUCUGCCUUGGUCUCUCAAAGGGCUGGAUUACAGGCGUGAGCCACAGCACCUGGCAGAAUCUUGGCAUCUUUAAUCAGCAGAGAGUGGGGCUCCUGAGAAUACUGAGGCCUCCCCAGUAAUUGUUAUCCAUCCCGAUGCUGAACUCAUAUUACCUUUGGCCCACAAUCCCGUUAAAGAAGGUAAUUACCAAAGCAAUUAUUUACCACUCUAACAUUUUACAGUUUCAGCUUUUAAUUAAAAGAUUCAGUUUCCCCUAAGAGUAAUGAGAACCUUUAAAAACUAGAAGUACUAAUUCCAGUUUAUAACAAUCACCUCCAUUCUGUCUGGGGGUUGGGGAGGGAAUGUAGGUUGAAGUUUAGGAAAAUAACAUGAACCUAAAAAAUGGAAGACCGUAAUUAUUGUUAAAUGGCUACUUAACAAUAAAUAGCUACAGCUAGUCACAUCCGUCAUGAUCUCAUUAUUCAUUUUGUAAUCUAAUACAGAACAGCUUCCCUGUCAUUUAAAUGGGGAACCCGUAGAGCAUAAAAUGAUUCACAGAGUAUUGUAACUGAUACUUUCAGCAGUGCUCCGUGAGUAUUUUUGAAGUACCUACUAUGUGACUUUAAUGAGCUUGUGGGCUUCCAGCAGAGCCAGGUCCAUACUGCAUGUAAUUAGGCAAGGUGUAAGUAUUUUCAGGACAGUGCCAAGGGGAGUUGGAGCAUAUACUGAGCCUGGCUCAGGAGAAAUCACAGCUUUUCCAGAAAUGUCCCCACUCACAGACUCUGCUUUUGUUGCCAAUUGGUUACUUCUUCCCUGUAAUUUUUUUGUUUCUCAUGUUAAUGAAAAACAUUACAUUUUGAAAUUGAAUAAAGUUAAAACACAUAAUUUUUCACUCUAGCAAUGCAUUAUGUUUACCAGCAUUCACAGCUUCAUGUUAUGCUGUUCAUUAACAUAUAAAAACCCACUCAGUAUAAUAAAUACCAUAGAAGUCAAAUGUCCAGCCUGUUUAGAAUGACUCAAAGGCAAAAGGUAAACAACUUUAAGUGUAUUUGAGUGAAUUAACACUAUCAUUAUUGUUCUGUUGACUCUUUCUUGUCCAUUGAUUUUUAAAAGCCUUUAGCUCCUUUGCCAUCCAUUAAAACAAAUCAGAUGCAAUUUGGUGCUCAGGACAAGAAAAUGCUGUUGGGUGUUGGGUGUAUGCAUGGAAAAAAAAACAAUGUAUAUUCUGAAACAAGACUGGUUAGAAGGCAGCUUCCCACAUGUCGAAGUAAACUACUUAUUUGCUUUUGACUUUUGAGGUUAACAACAGUAGUGACCUUUGAAUAACUGUGUGGACACUGACACAGUAACAAGCGAAGCGAAAUGGUGAUUUGCAGAUGAUGUGCUUUGUUAACGCUUAUUUAUGAUGAAAGUAAGUGAGUUAGAAUUGUACAUAUCUGAUAUUUUUCAGUCUUUAAUUCCCUUUAUUUGCAGAACUAAUAGACUAAAAAGCAACUGUAAUCUGUCACAAGAAAAAAGAGUAAAAUAUUUUAUGUUGAAUUAGUGAUGAACAAUUUUAAAGCAGUAGAACCAUUUGUAUUAUCAAAAUAGCAUGAACAAGAAACUUGAGAUCUGGCCUGGUCUGAGGUCAGUCAAUACUAUGAUAAAAUGAAAGUCUCAGCUUAACUAAAAUCACAGUAUUGCUUUUGAUUAAGCAGUGAGAUUUAUGCUAAUGAAACUACAUUUUUUGUUGGGGACAGCUCAUCUCUAAACUACCAAAGGAAUAGCUUUUCCUUUACACCUUAGUAAGAGUUAAGAGUAGGGGCGAGAAUCUAUAUAUUGGCUACUAACAUUGAAAGAAAAUUCUAGAAGGGUACCUGCCAGAUGUCUCUUGGGGUAUACCAGGGUCGGGGAGCUGCUUGAGGAGACAGUCUGUCCCUUAUAGGAGCUCAAGUGCUGUGCUGGGAGCUCCAUUGUUCCGUGCAGAGAUUCUGUGCAGGUACUUUUAAGUCUUCGGCAGCAGAACUCAUAACUCCCUCUUUUCCCAGGUGCUCUGUCCUUAGGAAGGUUGGCUUUAUUUAUAAGUUCCUGUUGUGCUGCUGCCAUUUUUCAUAGAUCCCCUGCCCAUACGGAGUAGUCUAGUCACAGUCUGCCAGCAGAGGUGUUGCUAAGCUACCUCAGGCUCUGCCCAGCUGCUUUGUGAACUGCCUCGGUAGUGGUGGACUCUCUUGGUAGUGGUGGUCGCCCUUCCCCUCACUGAGCUGGACCAUCCUGGGUCCAGCUUCACUUGCUGGGAAACUCUCAAUCCAGAGUGUUUCAGAUUGCUUGUUUUGUGGGGGUGGUACCCACAGAGCCAGAUCACCGGCUCCCUGUUUCUGCCCCCUCUCUUUCAGUUGAAUAGCCAGCUGUCUCCUCCAGCGUUCCAGGCACCAGAUGAAACUGCUGCCCAGAUUUAUGUGAGUUUCUGUGCGCUAAGCUGGCACCAGCUGAAACCACCAUGCUGAAAACUUGUGUCACUUUUCGGCCCAGGAAUCUCCUGGUCUGUGGGCAGUGAAAAUUUGUUUGGAAAUGCAGCAGGCACUCACCCUCUACAUUGUUCUUGCUGGUAACUGCACUCUGGGGCUGUUCCUAUUCAGCCAUGGAUGAAGAUAACAGAAGAAGAAACCAGCAGCAACCCUUACUGUUUUGCAGACCCCGCAGGUGAUCCCCAGGCAAGCAGGGCCUGGAGUGGACCUCCAGCAAUCCUGCAGCAGAGGGGCCCAACUGUUAAAAGGAAAACUAAGAAACAGAAAGAAAUAGCUUCAUGAUCAACAAAAAGGAUGUCCACUCAGAGACCCCAUCUGAAAAUCACAAACUACAAAGUCCACAGGUAGAUAAAGCCACUAAGAUGGGAAGAAACCAGCACAGAAAGGAUGAAAACACCAAAAACCAGAACGCCUCUCCUCCUCCAAAGGAUCACAACUCCUCAUCAGCUAAGGAUCAAAGAUGGAUGGAGAAUGAAUCCGAUGAACUCAUAGAAACAGGCUUCAGAAGGUGGGUAAUAACAAACUUCUUAGAGCUAAAAGAACAUGUUCUAAACCAAUGCAAAGAAACUAAGAACCUAGAAAAAAGGUUAGAUGAGAUGCUAACUAGAAUAACCAGCUUAGAGAAGAAUAUAAACCACUUAAUGGAGCUGAAAAACAGACCACGAGAACUUCGCAAAGCAUACACAAGUUUCAAUAGCCCAACCAACCAAGCAGAAGAAAGGAUAUCAGAAAUUGAAGAUCAACUCAAUGAAAUAAAACGAGAAGGCAAGAAUAGAGAAAAAAGAGUGAAAAGAAAUGAACAAAGCCUCCAAUAAAUAUGGGAGUUUGUGAAAAGACCUAGUCUACGUAUUAUAGGUGUACCUGAAUGUGAUAGAGAGAAUAAAUCCAAGCUAGAAAACACUUUUCAGUAUAUUAUCCAGGAGAACUUCCCCAACCUAGCAAGCCAGGCCACCAUUUAAGUCCAGAAAAUACAGAGAACACCACAAAGAUAUUCCUCAAGAAGAGCAACCCCAAGGCACAUACUCGUCAGAUUUACCUGAAAUGAAGGAAAAAAUGCUAAGGGCAGCCAGAGAAAAAGGUUGGGAUACCCACAAAGGGAAGCCCAUCAGACUCACAGGGGAUCUCUCUGCAGAAACCCUGCAAGCCAGAAGAGAAUAGGGGCCAAUAUUCAAUAUCCUUAAAGGAAAGAACUUUCAGCCUAGAAUGUCAUAUCCAGCCAAACUAAGCUUCAUAAGUGAAGGAGAAAGAAAAUCCUUUAUGGACAAGCAACUGCUGAGAGAUUUCAUCACCUCUGGGCCUGCCUUACAAGAGCUCCUGAAAGAAGCACUAAACAAUGAAAGGAACAACCAGUACGAGCCACUCCAAAAACAUACAAAAUGGUAAAGACCAUCGACACAAUGAAAAAAAAUGCAUCAAUAACAGGCAAAACAUCCACCUAGCAUCAAAAUGGCAGGAUCAAAGUCACACAUGACAAUAUUAACCUAAAAUGUAAAUGGGCUAAAUGUCCCAAUCAAAAGAUACAGACUGGCAAAUUGGAUAAGAAGCUAAGACCCAUCAGUGUGCUCUAUCCAGGAAACCCAUCUCACAUGCAAGGACACACAUAGGCUCAAAAUAAAGGGAUGGAGGAAGACUUAUCAAGCAAAUGGAGAGCAAACAAAAGCAGGAGUUGCAAUCCUAGUCUCUGAUAAAAUGGACUUUAAACCAACAAAGAUCAAAAGAGACAAAGAAGGACACCACAUAAUGGUAAAAGGAUCAAUGCAUCAAGCAGAGCUAAUGAUCUUAAAUAUAUACACACCCAAUACAGGAGCACCCAGGUACAUAAAGCAAGUUCUUAAUGACUUACAGAGACUUAGAUUCCCACACAAUAAUAGUGGGAGCCUUUUACACUCCACUGUCAAUAGUAGACAGAUCAACCAGACAGAAAAUUUACAAGGAUAUCCAGGACUUGAACUCAGAUCUGGACCAAGAGGACCUAAUAGACAUCUACAGAACUCUCCACCCCAAACCCACAGAAUAUACAUUAUUCUCAGCACUGCAUUGGACCUACUCUAAAAUUGACCCUAUAAUUGGAAGUAAAUCACUCCUCAGCAAAUGCAAAAGAACAGAAAUCAUAACAGUCUCUCAGACCACAGGGCAAUCAAAUUAGAACUCAGAAUUAAGAAACUAACUCAGGACUGCACAGCUUCAUGGAAACUGAACAACUGACUCCUGAAUGUUGACUGGAUAAACAAUGAAAUGAAGGCAGAAAUAAAGAUGUUCUUUGAAACCAGUGAGAAUGAAGAUACAACACACCAGAAUCUCUGGGACACAUUUAAAGCAGUGUCUAGAGGGAAAUCUAUAGCAAUAAAUGCCCACGUGAGAAGCAAGGAAAGAUCUAAAAUCUACACCCUAUCAUCAAAAUUGAAAGAGCUAGAGGAGCAAGGUCAAAAAAACUCAAAAGCUAGCAGAAGACAAUAAAUAACUAAGAUCAGACGAGGCAAUCCCAGCACUUUGGGAGGCCAAUGCAGGCGGAUCACAAUGUCAAGAGAUUGAGACCGUCCUGGCCAACAUGGUGAAACCUCGUGUCUCUACUAAAAAUACAAAAAUUAGUUGGGCAUGGUGGCACACGCCUGUAGUCCCAGAUACUUGGGAGGCUGAGGCAGGAGAAUUACUUGAACCUGGGAGGCAGAGGUUGCAGUGAGCUGAGAGGGCACCACUGCACUCCAGCCGGGUGCCUGGUGACAGAGUGAGACUUUGUCUCAAAAAAAAAAAAAAGAAAGAAAGAAAUAACUAAGAUCAGAGCAGAACUGAAGAAGAUAGAGACACAAAAAAACCCUUCAAAAAGAUCAAUAAAUCCAGGAGGUGGUGUUUUGAAAAGAUCAACAAAAUAGACAGACCACUAGCCAGAUUAAUAAAAAAGAAAAGGGAGAAAAAUCAAAUACAUGCGAUAAAAAAGGAUAAAGGGGAUAUCACCACGGAUUCCACAGAAAUAGAAACUUCAAUCAGAGAUUACUACAAACAACUUUAUGCACAUAAACCAGUAAACCUGGAAGAAAUGGAUAAAUUCCUGGACACUUGCACCCUCCCAAGCCUAAACCAGGAAGAAGUUGAAACUUUGAAUAGACCAAUAACAAGGGCUGAAGUUGAGGCAGCAAUUAAUAGCCUACCACACAAAAAAAGCCCAGGUCCAGAUGCAUUCGCAGCUGAAUUCUACCAGACGUACAAAGAGGAGCUGGUACCAUUCCUUCUGAAACUAUUCCAAACAAUCCCAAAAGAGGGAAUCCUCCCUAACUCAUUUUAUGAGACCAAGACCAUCCUGAUACCAAAACCCAGCAGACUUAACAAAAAAAGAAAACUUCAGGCCAAUAUCCAUGAUGAACAUAGAUGCAAAAAUCUUCAAUAAAAUACUGGCAAACUGAUUGCAACAGCACAUCAAAAAGCUUAUCCAUCACAAUCAAGGAGGCUUCAUUCCAGGGAUGUAACGCUGGUUCAACAUACACAAGUUUAUAAAUGUAAUCCACCACAUAAACAGAACCAAAGACCGAAACCACGUGAUUAUCUCAAUAGAUGCAGAGAAGGCCUUCAACAAAAUCCAACAGCACUUUAUGUUGAAAGCUAUCAAAAAACUAGAUAUCAAAGGAACAUAUCUCAAAACAAUAAAAGCUAUUUAUGACAGACAUACAGCCAGAAUCAUAGUGAAUGGGCAAAACCUGGAAGCAUUCCCUUUGAAAUACAGCACUAGACAAGGAUGCACUCUGUCACCACUCCUAUUCAAUAUAGUAUUGGAAGUUCUAGCCAGAGCAAUUAGGCAAGAAAAAACAAUAAAGGAUAUUCAAUUAGGAAAAGAGGAAGUCAAAUUGUCUUUAUUUGCAGAUGACAUGAUUGUAUAUUUAGAAGACCCUAUCAUCUCAGUCCAAAAUCUCCUUAAACUGAUAAGCAACUUCAGCAAAGUCUCAGGAUACAAAAUCAGUGUGCAGAAAUCACAAGCAUUUCUAUACACCAAUGACAGACUAACAGAGAGCCAAAUCAUGAGCAAAUUCCCAUUCACAAUUGCUACAAAGAGAAUAAAAUACCUAGGAAUACAACUAACAAAGGAUGUAAAGGACCUCUUCAAGGAGAACUACAAACCACUGCUCAACGAAAUAAGAGAGGACACAAACAGAUGGAGAAAUAUUCCAUGCUCCUGGUUAGGAAAAAUCAAUAUCAUGAAAAUGGCCAUGCUGCCCAACAUAAUUUAUAGAUGCAAUGGUAUUCCUAUCAAGCUACCAAUGACCUUCUUCACAGAACUGGAAAAAAAACACCUUAAACUUCAUAUGGAACCAAAAGAGAGACCGCAUAGCCAAGACAAUUCUAAGCAAAAUGAACAAAGUGGGAGGCAUCAUGCUACCUGAUUUCAAACUAUGUUAACUAUGUUACAAGGCUACAGUAAUCAAAACAGCAUGGUACUGGUACCAAAACAGAGACAUAGAUCAAUGGAACAGAUCAGAGGCCCUGGAGGAAAUGCCACAUGUCUACAACCAUCUGAUCUUUGACAAACCUGACAAAAGCAAGCAAUGCAGAAAGGAUUUCCUGUUUAAUAAAUGAUGUGGGGAAAACUGGCUAGCAGUGUGCAGAAAGCAGAAACUGGACCCCUUCCUGACACCUUACACUAAAAUUAACUCCAUAUGGAUUAAAGACUUAAACAUAAGACCUAACACCAUAAAAAUCCUAGAAGAAAAUCUAGGCAAAACCAUUCAGGACAUUUAUGACAAAAACACCAAAAGCAUUGGCAAUGAAAGCCAAAAUAGACAAAUGGGACCUAAUUAAACUCCUUAGCUUCAGCACAGCAAAAGAAACAAUCAUUAGAGUGAGCUGACAACCAACAGAAUGGAAAAGAAAUUUUGCAAUCUACCUGUCUGACAAAGGGCUAAUAUCCAGAAUCUACAAAGAACUAGAACAGAUUUACAAGAAAAAAAUACAAACAAGACCAUUCAAAAGUGGGCGAAGGAUAUGAACAGACACUUUUCAAAAGAAAACAUAUAUGAGGCCAACGAACAUAUGAAAAAAUGCUCAUCAUCACUGAUUAUAGAGAAAUGCAAAUCAAAACCACAGUGAGAUGCCAUCUCAUGCCAGUUAGAAUGGCAAUCAUGAAAAAAAUCUGGAGACAACAGAUGCUAGAGAGGAUGUGGAGAAAUAUGAACACUUUUACACUGUUGGUGGGAGUGUAAACUAGUUCAACCAUUGUAGAAGACAGUGUGGUGCUUCCUUAAGGACCUAGAAAUAGAAAUUCCAUUUGACCCAGCAAUCCCAUUACUGGGUAUAUACCCAAAGGAUUACAAAUCAUUCUAUUAUAAAGACAUAUAUGUUCAUAGUGGCACUGUUUGCAAUAGCAAAGACCUGGAACCAACCCAAAUGCCCAUCAACAGUAGACUGGACAAGGAAAAUGUGGCACAUAUACACCAUGGAAUAUUAUGCAGCCAUAAAAAAUGAUAAGUUUAUGUCCUUUGUAGGGGCAUGGAUGAAUCUGGAAACCAUAAUUCUCUGGAAACUGACACAAGAACAGAAAAUCAAACACUGCAUGUUCUCACUCAUAGGUGGGUGAUGAACAAUGAGGACACAUGAAUACAGUGAGGGGAACAUCACACACUGGGGGUCUGUUGAGGGUGCCGAGAGAGGGACAGCGGGGGAGUGGGAGGUCGGGGAUGGAUAACAUGGGGAGAAAUGCCAGAUGUAGGUGACAGGGAGAUGGAGGCAGCAAACCACAUUGCCUUUUGUGUACCUGUGCAACAAUCAUGCAUGAUCUGCACAUGUACCCCAAAACCUGAAGUACAAUACAAAAAAAGAAAGAAAGAAAAUGCCAUUACAAUCAGUGUUUGACUUGGUGAAGGAUGCACUUUUUUUUUUGCCAUUUGCCCUCUUCCAACUUUUUCAGCAACACUCAUAUUGAAACCUAAAAUUGCCUUCAUUUUGAAUAUACUACUAAUUCACAUUAGGAGUCUACAAAAAUUUUAGUUUCUUCUGCUGGACUAGCAGAAGAAAUGGGAAACAAACAAGAACUACCACCCAUGUGACAUUCUCUAAAUUUGUUUGUGAAUUUCUAAAUUUCAGUGCUAGCAAAAAAGAAAGUUGCAGCAAGGCAUACAGUAAAUGAAGAUAUUAUGUAUUAGGAAAGGAAUGAAUCUGUCACUUUGACGGAUUGUGAGGCGAAAAGUAGAUUAACAGAUUACUCAUAGUCAGAAGGCAGCUUGGUGUGAAAAAUGUGCAGGAAAUGAUAAGUGUGGCUUUGUGCUGAUUUAAUGAUAUUUUUAAACUACAAUAACACUCUGGUAGUAUAAUAUAAUAAAGCACUUGGCUUGCAUUUCUGUAAAUCAUCAACAUAUUUCUAGUUUGACCUUAAAAACAUUUUGGGCUAUUCUCUAUUAAAAUACGUAGCUUUCAAAUUAGAAAAAGGUAUCAUUUAUUAUAAAAUACCACAGCAAUGCUCUUACAGGAAACAUCAUUGGCUUUUAAAAUCGGUUCUUUUCUGAACUAGCAUUUGUAAUAUAAAUUUUAAUUAUGUUUUUAGCAUACCAACAUCACAUGUCCUCUUUCUUCAAGCAUUUAAAUUACUUACAACAAGAAUUUAUCUUCUAACAGCCAUUUUCAGUGAAAUGCUUCAAAGAUGUCACUGAUUUGUCUUUACAUUUUCAUUGUCCAUUUUUAGUUUUGUAGUUGAGAUGAGAGUAUUUAUGAAUAAAAUAUUUUCCCAUACAUAAUAGAUAAAAGUAGUUCAAAUUUCAACUGAGUACUCUGAGUCCCUGCAAGAAAUAGGUGAAUUACUUAUUUUAUUUUGUAUUACUACAAAUAUUUACCAGAAAGUAAAACUUUUUAAGAGGUUUAUAUUUUUAUAUAAAUAAAAUCGAGAUUUUAGUAGCACAUUUGUAGUUAAUUUGACAGUGAUGGACUUGUCUUAGCAAGGAUUUUCAGAAUAAAAUUUUUAUGAGGCAUUGAAAUAGUUUUUGUUCUAAUAUCUUAAUAUUCAAAACCUAAUGUAAGGCUUCAGUUGUUUAGUAUUCUGUUCUCCCAGUUCACCAAUGGUGGCUUUACAUAAGUAGGUACACUGAAACUUGGAGUAAAAUAUUGCAUCUAAACAUUUGUAUCUAGGCCAAACGCAAAUAAAUAUACUACUUUGGCGUGUCUAGGGCUUGUUUCCCAGGCAUGAUUAUGAUUAAAUUAUAUUUUACAUAUACAGUGAAGAACUUUACCAGAAUUCAGCAUGUUUUCUACAUUUCUUCCCUUUUUCUUUUUUUUUUUUUAAGAAAGAAAAAAAAGGAGUGAAGGAGUGGAAGAGGAAGAAAAAGAGGGAGAGAAAACGGGAAUGUAGCUUUGUUUCUAAAAAUGGGUAUUAAUAAUGGCCCAUCAAUAUUUUGUGUAUUUAAGGUGGAGAAUGUAUAUUUUGUGUAUUUAAGGUGAAGAAUGUAUAUUUUGUGUAUUUAAAAUGGAGAGCUCUAUAAAUAUUUAUUGAGUUUACUUGUUCCAGAUCUGAGUUCAAGUCCUGGAUAUCCUUAUUAAUUUUCUGUCUCAUUGAGUCUAAAUCUCUUUAUGAGUCUUAUGUAUCUGGGUGUAAGGAUCGUUAGUUCUUAUUGUUGCAUUGAUCCUUUUACCACUAUGUCUUUGUUGCUUUGAAAUCUAUUUUAUCAGAUGCAAGAAUUGCAACUCCUGCUUUUUAUUUAUUUAUUUAUUUGUGCUCUCCAUUUGGUUGGUAAAUCUUUCUCUAUCCCUUUGUUUUAAGUCUUUGUGUAUCUUUGGAUGUGAAAUGGGUCUGGAUGUAGCAUAUCAUUAGGUUUUGGCUGUAUCUUUCGAUUGGGGGAUUUAGUCGACCUAAAUUUAGGGUUACUGCCAUUUGAUGUUAACUGGCUAUUUUAUCCAUUCAUUGAUGUAAAUUCUUCUUUAUGUUGAUGCUCUUUACUUUUUGGUAUAUUUUUAGAAAGGCUAAUACCGGUUGUUCCUUUCAAUGUAUAAUGCUUCUUUCAGAAGCUCUUGUAAAGCCAGCCUGGUGGUAAUAAAAUCUCUGAGUACUUGCUUGUUCAUAAAAGAUUUUAUUUUUCCUUCAAUUGUGAAGCUUAGUUUGGCAGGAUAUGAAAUUCUGGGCUGAAAAUUCUGUUCUUUAAGGAUGUUGAAUAUCGGCCCCCACUCUCUUCUGGCUUGUAGGGUUUCUGCUGAGAGAUCUGCUGUAAGUCUAAUAGGCUUCCCUUUGUGGGUAACUUGACCUUUCUCUCUGGCUGCCCUUAGUAUUUUCUCCUUCGUUUCAACCCUGGUGAAUCUAACGAUUAUGUGCCUUGGGGUUGCUCUUCUUGAGGAAUAUCUUUGUGGUGUUCUCUGUAAUACCUGGGGUUGAAUAUUGUGCUGCUUUGCUAGAUUCAGAAAGUUUUCCUAAAUAAUAUGCUGAAGAGUAUUUUCCAGCUUGGAUUCAUUCUCUUCAUCGUAUUCAGGUACACCUAUCAAAAUUAGGUCUUUUCACAUAGUCCCAUAUUUCUUGGAGACUUUGCUCAUUCCUUUUUAUCCUUUUUUCUCUAUUCUUGUCUUCUCGUUUUAUUUCAUUAAGUAGGUCUUCAACCUCUGGUAUCCUUUCUUCUGCUUGAUACAUUUCUUCUCUUCUAACAUUCUCUCAACUUGGGGUAAAUCAACAAUGUAAAUAGUCAAUAUUCUUGGUAGAGAUUCUGAAAUGCAUGUAGCAAAGGUUGUUUGCAUGUUUUCUGACUGCCUUGAAGAUAUAAUGUCUAUACUAGUUACUGACACUGUUAGCCAAAUAUUCCCAAGCUCUCCAGAUUUCAAAUACAUGGUUGUGUUGCACUUCUAGGUUUCCUUGUUUUAGGGUGGAGCCAACUAACCCACUAGUUCUUGCCAACUAAUUGGAAGCAAAAAGGCUGGUGUUAUUACUUGGCAAGAGCAUUUAAAUUGCAAGUGUGAAACCUUCCAGAUUAUCUUUUCCUCUGACACUGUGACCAGAAACAUUCAAGAUGAAGGUGGUUCAGUCAGCCCAGUCACUUAAUGACUAUGACAAAGAAAGUCCCCAUAAUGAUGUGUUAUAAACACUUAGCAUAGGCAAGAAAUUAACAUUUGUUGUUUGUAAGUCACUGAGAUUUGAGGGCUUUUUGCUAUCAACCAUAACAUAUCCUUAUUCUGACUGACAUAGUUACUAGCUGUGACACUGAAUAUAUGUUGUCAUUGGAAAUAUGGCAUUUCGUAUAUUUUUGUAUUCAAAUGUUAAAAAUUGGUUAAACCAUUUAGCUGAGUAUGAGAUUAAUUGGCAUACAGUAGAAUAAGGGAUUUCAUGAGGUGGGGAUUUAUAUCUUUAUGACAUUGUUAACCUCUCUAAGCCCCAAUUAAGUUAUCUAAAAAUAGGGAUUGUAUUUCAAUACCCACCUUAAAGUGUUAUUGCAAAGAUUAAAUGAAAUAAUACUCAUAACCUGCUUUGCACAGGGCCUGUCAUAUGUAUUUUUUAAGUGGUAGAAAGUGAUGAUAAUAUUGGUAGGAAUAUUAAUAGUAAUAUUAGGAAUACGUUUUCUUCCAACAAAAUCAUACAUUAAUGGAAUCAGAGAAUCUUAAUUAAAGGGUUCAAUGAUAUCAGGGAGAUGAUUUAACCCAGUGUCUCCAAACUUUGCACAUCUCUGCUGGGGAAGCAGGCUCAGUGCAGCAGAAGACAGCCCAUUCCAUUAUUGGGCAUCUCCAUCCAUGGGAAUCUUUCCUACACUGAGCUGGUGUAGGCUUCUUAUAGCUUCUUCCCAUUGAUCCUAGUUCUCUCUCCAGAACAAUAAGUAGAACCAUCACUUUACAUAAAGUAGCUCUUGAAUUUUGAAAUAUCACUUCUCGGUUGCUCUGUUUUCUCCUCCAGUCUCACGUUUUCUCAUUCUAGCCCCAACUCCACUUUGCCAUUCCUGGUCAUGGCAUAGUCCUAAUCACCUUCUUUUGGUUACCUUUGAAUGUAUCAAAUUGCAGUUCUCUAAAAUGAACACAUAAUCUAGAUGUAAUCCAAAGAGUUAAGGCUACAGUUACACCAUUGACAGUACAUUGCGAAUAUUGGUGUAACUUAAAUCACAUUCAUAGUUUUAGUUCCCAUAUCCUACUAAUGUCUUACAUUUGGCUUUCAGUCACCUAAAACAAUCACCAUCUUUUUCCUGGACUAUUGUUAUAGCCUUUUAAGUAGCCCCCAUCUAUCCACAUACCCUUUUCACCACUACCUGUGCCCAUUUCCCAUGGAGUAGCCAGAGUGGCCUUUCCUAAAUGCAGAGUCAGUUUUCUGACUCUGACACCCCCAUGGUAAAACCUUUCAGUUGCUUCCCAUUUCUCUUAGGAUAAAGACCAAACUCUGUCAAUGGCCUGCAAGGCUUGAGAGGCUUGGCCCCCGCCUUCCAGCCCAUCCUUAUUUUGCACCAUUUUCUCUCUAGAGAGUUGGGCAUUCACCACACUGGCCUCCUUUCCUUUUCUCAGACCUGCCUGCCUCAGGGCCUUUUUACUCUAUUUCAUCAUCCUGGAAUGCUUUUCCCCUUACCUUGCCUGGUUGACACCUAUUCAUGCAUUAGAUCUUCUCUCAGGCGUCACUUCCUCUAGAGAACCUUGAAGCUGAUAUGUUCUCAUCAUACCAUUUAACUUUAUUUUUGCCUGAUUAUCUAAUUGACAUUUGUCUUAGCCUUCAUACUGUAAGAUUUAUGAAGGCAAGAACUCUAUUUUUGUCCACUAUUGCAUUUUGUGCCAGGAUCUGACAGUCUUGUGAAAUAAAUAUUAGUAUCUAAAUAAAUAAAUAAAUAAAACUUGUGAAAAGAUAUUAGUAUCUAAACUGUAUUUCUUGACUCUCAAGAUGAUUCUCAAUCUUUAUCAUUCAGCCCAUUCUAUCCUUCAAUACGUGUCUCCACAAAUUUGAAAAGGAUGCUCACUUUCUACAGGACUACAACCUUAGAUAGCUCAUUCCUGAAGAUAGAGCUCUUUGGUCUUCUAUUAAAGAUCUUCCACCAUGUUAAUAUUGAUCAACAGCCAAUUUAAAGUGAUAUGACGUAUCUAAAUCAUUUCAAUUUACAAACAAUCCAUUGCUGUCAUGCAUUUGAUACACAAUAAUUCAGCGACUAGUGUAUUCCUCCUGGGAUAUUAUGAUUCACAUUCAUGUGCAGCUCUCCCCCAUUUUUUGUCCAUGGCAGGCAUUGCUAAUGGAAAACUGUUCUCUCAUCCACUGAGCAUGGAUAUAAACUUAAAAUUCUUCUCAAUAAUGUACUUCAGGCAGUACUACUAAUCAGAAUUAGCAUGUGAUUUAUAACUUGUCUACUUAGAACUAGGCUCUUCAUCAUGUGUGUAAUAAACUAGUUAUGGAACAGAAUUUACUCAUAGCUUUACAUGACACUCCCUAACCCUAGAAUUAUCAUUUUGCUAGUAUCUCCUAAUCUAAAAGUCUCCCACUCUUUUCUGUAAAACCUUCCUUGAAUGAAGUGAGAGUAAGACUACUCCUCCACAACCCUGACUCAGUUCUCCAUAUCAACAGUGAUUAAAAUCUUACAACAUUAGAUGAUAAGCAUAAUUUUUCAACUAAUAUGAUUUCUACUUCCGGUGAUGGCAAAUCUGGUUGUUUUCACACUUAACUUCCCUCUGAGAACAACCAGAAAAGCCAAACAAAAUGUGGAAAUUAUCUGCUUGAAGCCAUUGGAGAGCUUCCAAAUCUCAGUGAGGAUUUAUGGACCCUUGAUCCAGGAGAGAAGGGAAGCCAGGAGAUGUAGCCUUACACAUUGUCACUUUUCCCAAGAAAAAUGCCACUUUAGAAAGCAGCAGCCAAAGGACUCAGUUGCUGAACAUAGCCUCUGGUGCCUCCUGAGCUUAGAGAAUAAAAUUUGAAGCCAUGAAGACAUGAAGCAAUAGUAAGUUCUAGAAUAUUACACUUUAAGUAAAAGGGUGGGCCAGAAAUAGACCAGCUCUCCAGGGGAUCUGAGACACAUUUUGAAUCAUCCUCUUUGCUGACUGGAUAAGGGCACUCUAAUGCUAUCUUAAUUGCCUGCUAGAAUUCCAUCUGAAGGAAGAAAACAUCAUCUAGAGCAGCACUCCAAUUGAAAUAGAAUGCGAGCCAUAUAUGUAAUUUUAAAUUUUCUAGUAACCACUUUCAAAACUGAAAAACAAGUAAAAUUAAUUUUAACAAUGUAUUUUGUUUAAUCUAGUAUAUCCAAAAUAUCAAUUUCAACGUGCUCAGCUGGUGGAAGUAUAAGUUGAAACAAUGGAAAACUGUUUGGAUGGCAUCUAUACAAGAUGAACAUGCCAUAUUAUUUUCCCCAACGAUUACCCUCCUAGAUGUAUAGCCAGUAAAAUGUGUGCGUACUUGCAUCCAAAGUCAUAUAAGCUGUGAGGACCCAACCCAACUCCUAGAAUUAGUAUAAAGAUUAUUUUAAAGUGAAAGCAUUUGAGCUAUAGAAGAUGCAGAAAGAAAUUGUAUUUGAACUUUCCUUUAAAACCUUUCACACUUUCCCACUGAAGCCUUAAAAUACCACUCUCCUCUUUUUAAGCUGGUAUAUAAACUUUCAUUUCUGGCUAUUCAGUGAGUUACUCAUUACAGAGAAAUUCCUUCGUGCACUGUAAAUAACAUUUGUCUUUUCUCAUAUCUAUUGUCAGUUGAUUUUCAUGCCCCCAAACCACUAAACCCAAGUUGGAAGAGGAAAAUGUUUUCCUCCCUACAUAAACGCAUUCAUGAUAACCCCAAACUGGAAACAACCCAUUCUCCUUCAGUAGUAGAAGGGAUAAGUAAAUUGUGAUAUAUUCACACAGUAAAAUACUGUUACACUAUAAAACAUGGAUGAAUUGUACAAAUGUAAUAUUCAGGGAAAGAAGCUGGAAUGGGAAAGUUCCCUGACCCCCCCCUUGCAGGACAUGUGAUGGAGUGUGGCUUGUUUCUUCAACCACUAUGAAAGCUCAAACCCCUUAUGGAAGGAGGGGCAUGCCCAUGGUCAGAUCCAUGAGCCAGGGCAAGCACUUUUGGGCUCUGGCCCCACAGUAGCAUCUAGGGGUAGGUGCUCAUCACUCCUGAAACUCGAGUGGGUGUGUGUUACAGUGUGCUUUUUUAGCUUUGUCAUCCAUGUAUGGCUUAAGUGUUAAACAGCUCAGUGGACUCUCUGGUUUUUUUGCAAGGGCAGAGGGUCAGUGUGAUAGCUUUCUGUAUUCUGCGUUCUUGUCCAGUAUCCAGAAAAAAUCAGGUCACACACAGACUUGAAGUAUCGUGGAUGCCAGGGUUUUAUUGAGUAGUGGAGGUGGCUCUUAAUGAGAUGGAUGGGAGCUGGAAAGGGGAUGGAUUGGGAAGAUGAUCUUGCCCUGGUGUUUGGCUGUCCAGUGGCUGAUCUCCUCUCCAACGCUCCCCAGUCAAACUCUUCUGGACUUUCAGAUGCUCCUUCCAGGCUUGAGGGUGGGGCCUUUGCCAGGGAACCACCCUCUUCUUCCACACUGUUUCCCUGUCUCCUGUCCAUAUCAAAGCUACACAACUGAAAAAUACAUAUUGUAUGAUUCCAUUCAUAGGAAAUUCAAAAACAGACAAACUGAGCCAUGGGUAUUAGAAGUCAUCAGGGUCACUUGUAGGGAGAAGAGAGUGUAAUGAUCAAAAGGAGGAAGGGGAGCUUUUACCUCUUGACCCAGGUGGUGGUUGUGGCUCACUGUGGGAUUAUUCAUUGAACCACACAGUUAUGAUUUGUGCAUUUUUCUAUGUUUAUAUUAUACUUUACUAUUAAUAAGAAUAAAAAGAAUAAUUAGUAUAAUUAGUAAGAAUAAUUAGUAUAAUUUUUAGUCUAAAAUAGUUUGCUUUUUCUGAUAUUUUAAUGUUUCUGUAUCUUUCUUCCUUUUUUAUAGUUUAUGUAAGCUUUCUAUAGAAUGAGACUAUAUUUAACUGGAAUAGCAGCUCAGUAACACCAUGAAUAAUUAUGGGUAGCCUGGUGAUUUGAAAAAAAGUGUUGCCUUCCUGGGAAGCCUAAUUUACCCACAAGAAUGACCCAGUCAACCAAAGAGUUUUGAUUAUUUCCUCCCAAUGUUUUUAAAAUAGCAUUUUACCAUCACAUCUGUUCAAAAGUCCAUUUACCACCCAUAUCACUGUUUUAUCACAGUAUUUUUCAUUAACUGAAAUGUCACAAUUAACACACCCUGAAAAUUCUGGGAAAUAAAUCUAGUCAACUAAAGAUCCUGUCAACUUGCUCCAGUUCUUUAUUUUCUCAUGCAACCAGCCAACACUGGAGGAAACUGAAUUGUCAUUCACUUCACAGAGCCUUCUUUUUAGCAUAUCAUUUUUUUAUUUGACUCUUGAACAGAAAGGUAUAACCAAACUUUGAAAAGAAAAUGGAAAUCAGUACGUAAAUAAGGUAUGUGAUAAUCUGACACAAUAAUGAAAAUGAUACCCUGUAGUUAUUCUUUACAAAAGCCCAGAGAGCUACAUUAAAGCAUUAAAUUAAAUCCCACCUACUCUUUCUGCAACAUUAAAUCCCAUCAUUCCACAGAAAGAUUUAGAUGGUUGUAUUUUGUAUUCUAAUUUUAAGGCAAUUAUUUGCUAGUCAAAGUUAGAAAAGGCUGCAAAGUUUUUUGCUCUUGAUUUGGUAAUGACUUAGUUACAAAGCAUUUAACCUACAGUUGUCUUAUAACUAAAAGCUGUUAUGUAAAGUUGCUUGGGAAUGAACAUUUUUCUGUAAUUUUAAACAGUAAUAACUACUAACACUAUUACUAUGUGGUGAGUUUUACUCUGUGACACUGUGUGGAGAGCAUUUACAUAUUUCAUGUUACAGUUGACCCUUGAACAACAUGGGUUUGAGCUGUAUGGAUUCACUUACAGAUUAUGAUAAAGAUUUUUUCCAACCCAUUUUUCACAUACAGGGGUUCUGCAGGGCCAACUUGAGGAUUUUGGUAUAUGUGGGGAGGAGGAACUGAAACCUAAUCCCUGCUCCUACUGAGGGAUGACUGUAGUUUGUUUAAUCCCUGCCACAACCCAGUAGGGUCAGUUCUCUUAUUCCCAUAUUCAAGAUAUGGAAA